GGACGCAUAGAGAGAGAGGGGCUGCUGGGCAGAUCGCUGCCGGCUGAGCGAGCUAGCGAGCGCGGGGUCGCCGUGUAGGGGGCGUUCCCAGCCGGGACGCAGGUCGCAGCGUUGCCCUUGGCGAGAAUCCGGAUCUCAGGCUGUCUGUGUGGACCCCAGAGCGGCCCUCACCACCAUGACGGGGCUGCUGAAGAGGAAGUUUGACCAGCUGGAUGAGGACUCGUCUUCACUCUGCUCGUCCUCCUCUUUGUCUUCCUCGGGCCGCUGCUCUCCUGCCUGCUCCCCAAGCUCUUCAGUCUCGCCGGCCUGGGACUCGGACGAGGAGAGCCCCUGGGAUCAGAUGCCCUUGCCUGACCGUGACUUCUGUUGCCCCCGAAGUUUCACCCCCCUGUCCAUCCUGAAGCGGGCCCCCCGGAAGCGCCCAGGUCGUGUGGCCUUUGAUGGCAUCACCGUCUUCUACUUCCCUCGGUGCCAGGGCUUCACCAGUGUGCCCAGCCGUGGUGGCUGCACUCUGGGUAUGGCCCCCCGCCACAGUGCCUGCCGCCGCUUCUCCCUGGCCGAGUUUACGCAGGAGCAAGCCCGGGCACGGCAUGAGAAGCUGCGCCUACGCUUGAAGGAAGAGAAGCUGGAGGCACUGCAACGGAAGGUUUCAGAGGCUGGGGUACCCAAGACGGAGGCUGGCCUGUCGCUUACAGUGGACUCCAUAGAUGAUGCUUCUGUGGAGGAGGACUUGGCAGUGGCCCUGGCAGGCGGCCGGUUGGAGGAAAUGACCUUCCUCCAGCCCUAUCCAGCCCGGCAGCGGCGGGCUCUGCUGCGGGCUGCGGGCGUGCGGAGGAUCGAUCGUGAGGAGAAGCGAGAGCUGCAGGCUCUCCGCCAGUCCCGGGAGGACUGUGGCUGUCGCUGUGACAGGGUCUGUGAACCUGAGACCUGCAGCUGUAUCCUCGCAGGCAUCAAGUGCCAGAUGGACCACACAGCAUUCCCCUGUGGCUGCUGCAGGGAGGGCUGUGAGAACCCCAAGGGCCGUGUGGAAUUUAAUCAGGCGCGAGUUCAGACCCACUUCAUUCACACACUCACUCGCCUACAGCUGGAGCAGGGGGCGGAGAGCCUUAGGGAGCUGGAGGCCCCUGCCCAGGGCAGCAUACCCAGCCCCAGUGAUCAGGUCCUGGCCCCCUCAUUCCCACUGGCUAAGCCCCCCAUGAGCAGCAAGCUGGGAGACAAUAGCUGCAGCAGUGACAUGACCGAUUCGUCCACAACAUCGGGCACCAGCGAGGCCCCUGAUGGCCCUGCCCACCUGGCCCUGCCUGGCCCCGGCCUCCAGCCCAACAUGGAUGAUGACAGCCUGGCCCGCAUCCUGAGCUUCAGUGACUCCGACCUGGGUGGAGAGGAGGAGGAGGAGGAGGAAGUGGGGGUGGGCAGCCUGGACAACCUCAGCUGCUUCCACCCAGCUGACAUCUUUGGUACCGGUGACCCUGCUGGCCUGGCCAGCUGGACCCACAGCUAUUCCAGCUCCAGCCUUGCAUCGGGCAUCCUGGAUGAAAACGCCAACCUGGAUGCCAGCUGCUUCCUCAACAGUGGCCUUGACGGGUCAGGGGAGGGCAGCCUCCCUGGCCCCCUGGUGCCAGGCAGUAUGGACGCCGGCCAGAGCAGCUCAGUGGACCUCAGCUUGUCUUCCUGCGACUCCUUUGAGCUGCUCCAGGCCCUGCCCGACUACAGCCUGGGGCCGCACUACACCUCCCGAAAGGUGUCUGACAGCCUGGACAACCUGGAGGCGCCCCACUUUGCCUUGCCUGCCUUUUCUCCCCCUGGGGACGCCAGCACUUGCUUCCUGGAGUCCAUCAUGGGCUUUUCCGAGCCAGCUGCAGAAGCCCUGCCUCCCUUUGUGGACAGCCAGUUGUUCGAGGACACUGCCCCGGCGUCGCUGGUGGAGCCUGUGCCUGUGUGAGGGUUAGGAUGCCUUUUCCGAGCCCCAAGAGCCCUGUUGCUGCUUCGUUGUCAUUUGGGGGCUCCCUGAGGUCUGUCUGUAACGGUCUCCCGUCAGCUGGCUCCCAUGCGGGCACUCCUAAUUUUUGUGCAACACUCUGGAUUGAUUUAUUUAUUUUUGUAACUUUCUAUACUAAAAGGGGGCUGUGGAGGGGUCUUUCUCUUCCAGCCACCCAGAAAACCCCACCCCAUCCCCUCCUGGCCUCAUGCCCACCCCAUCUCUUCCACUUCCCGUCUCUUGCACUUCAGUGGCACAUGCUAGAAGCAGGAAGGAAUGUGGCUCCCCUGGAGCUUUGCAGACUCCUUUUUGGUCUUGUAUGAUGUUCCUUAGCCCAAAGACAGCCACCCAGGGCUGAAAUCAGCCACUUCUUAUGGCUUCUUCUGCCACCCUGAGCCCUAGACCCAUGGGUGGCUAAAUCCUCUGGACUGUGAAGACUAUAAUUUAUUGCUAUAAUUUAUUUGAGACUAGGUGGCUGGUGGGCAGUGCUGGGGUCAGGGUAGGGCAGAGACCCCUGUGAGUCCCUGGCGUCCCUUCGCCAGGGCUUUGGUUAGACAACCCUCUGUCUAAUGUGGCAGCUGCCUGGCUCCGGAUGGCCGAGCAAGCAGGGGCUGGCCCGGGACAGCAUCUGGGCAGGAGGAGGGGCAGGGCUGACCAACCGUGACCAAAAUCCUCUUCUGCCCCACGCAGCCCCUUUCUUUCCUGUCUUCUGCUCCCUUCUGCUCCCCUCCCCAAAGGCCGCAGCCUUUAUUCUGAGCCCAUCAACGUAGGAGAGGAAAGCAAGAGGCCCAGAGAGGGCAGGGGCCGCCUUGGGGCCCACAACCCCGACCACUCUCAGGGCUUUAUGGGCACUGCAGUCCAGCCUGGUCCACCUGCCUGCACCUUAAGGCCAGUAGGCCAGGGGUGAGAGGUGGCUCCUUAUGGCUUUCAUGCCCUUUGUUUGCUGAUGUUAAAUUUUGCAUCAUAAUUUCUAUAUUGUCCCUGAGUAUUAGAGCUAUAAUUUAUUCAUUUUUCUCUGUCUCUGUGCCAAGAAGCCCAGGCUAUGGGCCUGCCCUCUUGCCUGGGAGGCCUUGCCAGCCUGUGAGCUUGUGGGAACACCUUGUACCUGAGCUUACAGGUAUGAAUAAAGAGGCUCUAUUUUUAA